UUCGUGGUCUAGGAGAUAAGAAGGUCAAUAGAGCUACCUUAUCAGUCCAUGAUUUAUAUAUCUAUCAUUUUUAUAAGUGAAAUAGGCGAAAACUUACAACAUAUAGAAAUGUUUGCCCUAAUUGGAUUUGCAAUAGUUUCAGUGUGCGGUAUUGUUACUGGUCAGCCAGUUAGUAGUUGUACCGAUCUGGACACACAAGCUUGUGUGCUCUUCCAAACAGCCAAGCCUGACCUUUGUAGUGACCCCACAUUCUCACAGGGCACGUGCAAACGAUUUUGCGGCAAUUGUCCUCUUGAAUGUUACUCGUGUCGAACUCCUGUUCUUGACCCUGAUGACUGCAAUACAACAAUAUCAUGUGCUGCUAACCAGACAUGUAUGACAAAACACCUUAAAGCAUUAGAUGGACACGAUGAAUAUAUCACACAGUGUGAGAUGAAAGAGGUAUGUGACGGUCUAACUCUGGGCUUUGCCUUUGGUAAGCGUGAUGUUAUAUUUGACGAGGAAUCAGAUGAUGACGUAGAAGAACACGACAGAGUCAGACGUGACGUCACAAUCCAUUGCUGUGACACAGAUUUCUGUAAUCAUCCUACGAAAAUUACAACAACAACAACAACCGUUUCUCCAACAUCACCAGGUCCCUUCCCUCACGGGUGUAAUAGAGAUAUUGUGUUUGUUCUGGAUGAUUCUGGAAGUGUCGGAUCAAACAAUUUUAGACAUGCCCUUGAUUUUGUCAAAAGUAUUGUGAACCAGAUAGAGGUAGGGCCUACAAAGGCACAAGUCGGACUCCUUGCAUACAGUACACAUCCACAGGUUGGUUGGUACCUUAACAAAUAUUACAAUAAGGUCGGUCUUUUGAAUGCUAUAAGCCAAGUCCAUUACUAUGGGGGCGUGACCCAUACAAGCGAGGCAAUCGAGGCUGUGCGCACGCAGAUUCUGACGUCACAGAAGGGUGAUCGGCCAUCAGCAGAGAAUGUUGUCAUAGUUCUAACAGAUGGUCAGUCUAACAACCACAUAGACACGAUACGUGAAGCUAACAAACUGCACAUGAUCAGUCAGGACGUGAUUAGCAUUGUAAUUGGUACAGGAAUCAACCUUAAGGAGUUAAAUGCCAUAGCCACUGAUAGUCACCAUGUGUUUGAUCUGAGGAGCUACAAUAAUCUGAGUUCGAUCCUUGCUCAACUGAUGCAAAUUAUUUGCAAUGCAUAAAAUCGUGCAUGUACGACAAUAAACAGUCAAAAUAAAUAAUGCGUGAAAAAUUAAA